GAUGAUAAACGUACACGAUUCAGACAAACAACAAAUUUAGUAUGCUACCAACAACUAGCUUGACCACAUACUGAUUGCCAGCAAUUUGCGGUUGAACAUUCUGAAAGAUCGACUCAGUCGGAACAAGUCAAGAUCUUUGUCGUGCUAUAGGUAAAGCUAGCAAAGAAAACUAGCCUUUCUCCAGUGAAAAUGCCGUGAUUAUGUCGGGAAAAUACAAUAGUGUAGUGUUUCUGAAAACGAGCAGUUUAUCUGAAUGCAUCUAAUAUCUAAACGAAUUAGUGAUUUAAUUUUGGAUAUUUAAAUAUAACACCAAGUGAAGCAGUGUUUCAACCUUGGUUUUCAGUAUCUUUUGCGCGCUUCGUUGUGUGGAAGUGAAGGAGCGGAUCAUGCCGGACACGAGCAGAAAUUAUGGGGCCACCCAGGACACAAGUACAAAUAAUACAAAUGACGAGAAGAAUCUCGAGAAAGCAGUUGUUCCGAAUGACAUAGAAAAACAACGAAAACGGAGGGAUCCACAGCAAUGGCGGGAUCUUGUAGCAUAUUGGAUACUAGGGUUGUGCAAUAAUUAUGGUUACGUUGUGAUGUUAAGUGCUGCCCAUGAUAUCAUUGAUCAAUUUGAUUCGGGAAAUGGAGGGCAUAAAGAAAGUGAAACCGGUGAUAGUGAUCGAAAAUGCAACAUUGUUUCGACUGGAACCAUUCUAUUAGCGGAUAUAAUUCCUUCCUUAGUAAUAAAAAUUAUAGCACCAUACAUACCAUUUUGGGUACACGUUCGAGUAGCCUGCGCCAUUGGAUUGGCAGCUGGAGGUUUCCUUUUAGUAGCCUUCGCUGAAGCUGAUUUCGUCGCAAUCCUUGGUGUGGUGUUGACUUCAAUAAGUUCUGGUCUUGGCGAAACAACAUUCCUAGGAUAUUCAUCAAGAUACAGCAAGAAUGUCGUAUCCACAUGGUCUUCUGGCACCGGUGGUGCUGGUAUAAUUGGAUCUCUCUCCUAUGCUGGAUUGCAACAGUUAGGCGUGAGUCCAAUGGCAACCAUGCUGAUUAUGCUUUUCUUCCCAGCUAUCGAGGCAGUUUCGUUUUGGCUCAUUUUGAGAAGUCCUCGCCAUGAACCAGAUGUAUCUGUUGAAUCCGACAGUAAAGCGGAAGAGGAUUCUAACACGCCAUCAACUUUCACAAGUAACAACAGCGUAACAGAUGACCGAAGGCCGCUGGUUGGCUUCCGCAACAAAAUGCAUUACACGUGGGAACUCAUGAAGUAUAUGAUGCCGCUCACUUUGGUGUACUUCUUCGAGUAUUUCAUCAAUCAAGGCUUGUUCGAGCUAGUGAACUACGAGAACAUCUUCCUGGACAAAUCCUCGCAGUAUCGUUGGUUGCAAGUGGACUAUCAGAUUGGUGUAUUUAUAUCUCGAUCGUCGGUCAACGUAUUCCAGCUGAAAAACAUCUGGCUGAUGUCCAUAUUCCAGUUCAUCAAUGUUGUAUAUUUCUUGAUCGAAUCCAUCUUCUACGUAACACCGAAUAUUUGGAUAGUUUUCGCUGUGGUCCUGUGGGAAGGCUUGCUUGGUGGCGGAGCCUAUGUGAAUACGUUCUACAGAAUGUCGAAAGAAAUACCUCGAAAUCGUCAAGUCUAUGCUAUGGCCAUUGUGGCGCAAGCUGAUUCGCUGGGCAUAGCCGUUGCAGGACUAAUAUCCAUCCCAGUGCAUAAUGCAAUUUGCGGUCUGGCAGCACCCAAUCGGUGGAAUCCGUUUUAAAUUAGUGAGAAAAGUGAUCAACUAGGAAUUUAUACUAUGAAUUUACUAGUCAUAAGACUGAACUAGGUUUCUGUUAAGAGUUCGCAUUUAAUUAAGUUCGGCAAUCUGUUAAGUACCAUCAAUUUUGUAAAGAUAAAAGAUGCAAUUCCCUCAAAUCUAAUUUCGAUUUGAGACCGACCCAUCAAAAGACAAUAAAAUAUUGCACAAACA